AUGAUGUUGUCAUGGAAACAGCUGGUCCUACUCUCACUCAUUGGCUGCCUAGGAGGUGCGGCGCCCUUCCAAGGCCCCGUGUUCGUCCGAGAGCCCAGCAGCCGCGUGGUCCCCGUGGGCUCCGAGGACAGAGGGGUCCUUCUGAGCUGCGAAGCCAGAGGCAGCCCCGCCCCGCGUUACAGGUGGCAGCUGAACGGGAGUGACAUCGACCCGCGCGGGGACCCCCGGUACAGGCUGAGCGGAGGGAGCCUGCUGCUCCUGCGCCCGCGCAGGGGCCGGGACGCUGGCAGCUACCAGUGCUUCGCGACCAACGCCCGGGGCACCAUCGUCAGCAGGGAAGCCAGGCUGCAGUUCGCCUAUCUGGAGAGUUUUAAAACCCGGAUGAGGAGCGCGGUGUUGGUGCGUGAAGGCCAGGGCGUCGUCCUGCUCUGCGGGCCCCCCCCGCACUCCGGAGAGCUGUCAUAUGCGUGGAUCUUCAAUGAGUAUCCGACGUUCGUGCAAGAAGAUGGCCGGAGGUUUGUCUCGCAGGAGACAGGCCACCUCUACAUUGCCAAGGUGGAGCCGUCUGACGUAGGCAACUACACGUGUGUGGUGACCAGCACGGUGGCUGCCGGCAGAGUGCUGGGCGCGCCCACGCCACUGAUGCUGCGAGCCGACGGCGUCAUGGGUGAAUAUGAACCGAAAAUAGAAGUACAGUUUCCAGAAACUCUUCCAUCUGCCAAAGGCUCCACCGUGAGACUGGAAUGCUUCGCCCUGGGAAACCCGGUGCCCCGGAUCUCCUGGCGGAGGGGCGACGGGCUGCCCUUUCCCGGGAAGGUCGCGCUGCGGAAGUCCAGCGGCCUGCUCGAGAUCCCCAGCUUCCAGCAGGAGGACGCCGGCGCCUACGAGUGCAUCGCCCAGAACGCCCGGGGCAGCAACGUGGCCAGGGGGCGCCUCACGUACUACGCGAAGCCACACUGGGCGCAGCUCAUCCGGGACGUGGAGGCCUCCGUGCAGGACACACUGCGCUGGGAGUGCCGGGCCAGCGGGAAGCCCAGACCCUCCUACCGCUGGCUGAAGAACGGGGAGGCCCUGGCCCUGGAGGAGAGGAUUCAGCUGGAAAACGGCGCCCUCACCAUCACGAACCUCACCGUGGCGGAUUCCGGAAUGUUCCAGUGCAUAGCGGAGAACAAGCACGGGCUCAUCUACUCCAGCGCCGAGCUCAAGGUCGUGGCUGCCGCCCCCGACUUCUCCAGCGCGCCCCUGAGGAAGCUGGCACGCGUGCAGGUGGGCAGCGAGGUGGCCCUGGACUGCCGGCCCCGCGCCUCGCCCCGGGCCCGGGCCUCCUGGAAGAGAGGCGAGGCAGCCGUGCGCGAGGACGGAAGAAUUUCUCUCUUAAAAGACGGAGGCCUCAAAAUAGCCAAUGUGACAAAAGCCGAUGCCGGGACGUACACCUGCUUCGCAGAGAACCAGUUCGGCAGAGCCAACGCGUCCACACGCCUGGUUGUCACAGAGCCCACGCGGAUGACGGUGGCGCCGUCCGGCCUGGACGUGGUCGUGGGUGAGAGUGUCCUGCUGCCCUGCCAGGUGCGGCACGACCCCCUGCUGCGCGUGGCCUUCACCUGGUACGUCAACGGCGCCCUCGCCGACUUCGCGAAGGACGCGUCCCACCUGGAGAAGGUCGGCGGGAGCUCGUCGGGCGACCUGCUGAUCAGGAACAUCCAGCUGAAGCACAGCGGGCGGUACGUCUGCGUGGCGCAGAGCGGCGUGGACAGCGUCUCCUCGGCCGCCGACCUCGUCGUGAGAGGGUCCCCCGGGCCACCCGAGAACGUGAAGGUGGAGGAGAUCACAGACACCACCGCCCAGCUCUCGUGGGAGGAAGGCGCCGACAACCACAGCCCCGUCACGUCCUACUCCGUCCAGGCGAGGACCCCCUUCUCCGUGGGCUGGCAGGCCGCCACGACCGUGCCCGAGCUCAUCGACGGGAAGACCCUCACAGCGACAGUGGUCGGGCUGAACCCGUGGGUGGAGUACGAAUUCCGGGUGGUAGCCAGCAACAAAAUCGGAGGUGGAGAGCCCAGUUUACCCUCAGAAAAAGUAAGGACUGAAGAGGCAGCUCCUGAAGCGCCCCCUGCCGAGGUCAGCGGAGGAGGCGGAAGCCGGUCCGAGCUGGUGAUCACGUGGGACCCGGUCCCCGAGGAGCUGCAGAACGGGGACGGCUUCGGGUACGUCGUCGCCUUCCGCCCCCUGGGAGUCACCAACUGGAUCCAGACCGUGGUCACGUCCCCGGACGCCCCCAGAUACGUCUUCCGGAACGAGAGCAUCGCACCGUUCUCCCCUUACGAAGUGAAAGUGGGCGUGUACAACAACCGGGGGGAGGGGCCCUUCAGCCCCGUGGCGACCGUGUUCUCCGCCGAGGAAGAGCCCGCGGCCGCGCCCGCGCAGGUCUCUGCGGAGAGCCUGUCUGCCUCAGAAAUCGAGGUGUCGUGGGGCGCCGUCCCUUGGAAGCUCAGCAGCGGCCGGUUGCUCGGCUACGAGGUGCGGUACUGGAGCAGCGGAGAGGAGGGCUCGCCACGCAGAGUCACGGUGGCGGCCGGCGAGACAUCAGCCCGGCUCCGCGGCCUGGGGAGCCACCGCGCCUACCACGCCGCCGUCCGGGCGUUCAACAGCGCGGGCACCGGGCCCUUCAGCCCCACGGUGAACGCCACCACCAAGAAGACGCCGCCCAGCCAGCCGCCCGGCAACGUGGUCUGGAACGCGACAGGCGCGAAGGUCCUGCUGAGCUGGGAGCAGGUCCGCGCCGCGGAGAACGAGUCGGAGGUGACCGGCUACAAGGUUUUCUACCAGACGAGCGGCCGGGAUGACGUGCGGGUGCUGAACACAAACAGGACGUCGGCCGAGCUGCUGCUUCCCGUCCAGGGCGCCUACAUCGUCCACGUCCGGGCGACGACCGACGGAGGGGACGGGGCCAGCAGCGAGCCCGUCAGGAUCCCCUGGACGACCAGUAAGGGCCUGGCCGGCGCGGCCUCGGCGCAGCCUCCGUGCCCGACCCGGGACCCCGCGGCGCCGGGCAUCUGUCCGCCCCUUUCCCGCCGCGUGCCCGCCACGGUGCCACUGGAGCCUCGUGGCUGCUCUGCCGGUGUCAGCGGCAUGAUCGGCGGGGUCCCUGCCUUUCACCGAGCCCGGCUGGCCCAGGCCCCGGUGUCCGCACUCAAGGUUGAAGCCCCCCCACAGCCUGGGAGGACUCGGCACAGCAUCGCUGGCUGA